CAAACAUCUCAACCUUUCCUUGGACGUUUUCCGUUGAGUGAGAAGUUCCAGGUGUGUGGGGCACCUGCAGCAAAAGGAGCUGUUACGGGUGUCUUCAUGUAUCCCGAAGCGCAGACGGUGUGCUCGUUAACGUUGCCCGUGUGUCUCUACACUUUCAAAGCUGCGACCGAGGUUGUCGGACUGUGUACCGGAAACGUUUGUGAGGAAACUCCACACAGUUGAGUUGAAUGCACCCUUGCUGAAAAAUUGAACUCGGAAGAGGACGCUGCACUGCUGUGGACCUCAAUUGAAGUGCGGACGGCCAAUCUCCGGACCUCUAGGUCUUCGAGACAGCGCCGCCGGGACCCUUUUUCUGCGGAUUGCUGCUCACUCACUUACACAAUGAAAUGUGAUGAACUACAAGUCGCUAGAGGCAGAUCUGUGGGUCACCAUCCGCCUCUCUGUGUCUCCUGUGCGUCUAGAACGCACUCCGGUGACCUAGUCCUGCCCCGAACCCCUAGGGCCCGUGCGCCUGCGACUGCCUGCCGCAAGUCGCUUUCACCCGUCGCUCCAAUGUCUCAAAACUUAUCCCUCUUCAAGUUUUCUGCUUGCCUCUCCGACCGACGCCGGCCCUUGUUCUGGAUCGUCUUUCUCCUCUUUGUCUUUUCCACGGUGUACUCCUUCGUCUGCAUCUCCACACACGAUGUUGCCACCGGGAGGUUUGCUCCGCCACUCCUGCCUGCACUCGCGUUGCAGACGGGAGCCCAACCUCUAGUUCGCACAGUGCCUCUGCCCGCGAAGCCAAACGCCCUCGCCUCGGCAAUCCCGCUCUCAAGUUCGCAUCUGUCGUCAUCACUUCGACGGAAAACGCGCGGGACUUCGGGGGAGGCCGACCACGACGGCGGCCAAACACCAGACACGCGAGGUAUCACGUCACCCCUGGCCUCGGCGACCCGAGGAUGGUGGCCUCAGCGAUUGCUGCUGUCCCUGAAACUGGGCCUCAGGGAGGACGUCGAAUGUUCUCCAGAUGAAGACGGAACUCUCGCUUCGAAUUCAUUCGACUCCAGCGACGGAGAGCCUGCGACAGAAACCGCUCGCGAGCAUGACGUCCAAGCGGUGCAAGCUACAGAGAACUCCGUUGUGAAGCGUAUUCAAGAAGCAGGAAAUUCCCUGUGUUGUCUGAGACGCCGUGCGUGGACGGCCGCUUGCCGAGCUGCCGACGCUCUCGUGCCCCGAAGCCGCUUUGCGAAACGUCUGACGUCGACCGUCGUGACUCGUCUUGCUAUCCAGUCUCUCCUCUACCCUAUCGAUGUGGUUCGCUGCCGCCGAGCCCAAGGCGUGCCGUUCAAGGACAUCCCAGUUGGUGCCCUCUACAACGGCUGCCUGUCCAUUCUCGCUGUAUCCGAGCUGCCGUAUUGCAUGCUUUGCGUUACCCUUCAAACGCAUGCGCAGAAACUGCUGUCACAUCACGCGGGAAAGCUGCCGACAGUGGCAAAGUUGUUCCUCAGUGCCGUCGCAGCGGACAGUGUGGGAAGCAUGUACAAAACACCGUUCGACUGCGCCAAGGGACUUCUCCAGCGAGGAAAAGCGGCAUCUCCCCAAGAGGCUCUAACAACAGUCCUACGAGAUGACCCGUCGAUCCUCAAGGCACAAUACCGAGGAUUCUAUGCACAAGUCCUCCGAGACGCAACCUACAGAGUGCUGAAUGGCCAGACAAUGCAGAUGCUUCGACGGGUGAUUGCUGCUAGACAGCAGGCCGAGCAGUCUAGCGAGGGGAGAACGUUGCAGUCCGGAAUUGUCGCGAGAGCACGAGAAAAACUGCGUCUGUCAGCUGGGAAAGACAGUCCCCAGUCAAGUUUGAAACCGAGUGAAGGGAAACUGAACUGGGCACGAGAUUUGCUCGCUCAUGGCAUGCAGGGGCCGGUAGACGCGAUGCGGGGCCUCGCAACGAGGCUCACAAAUUUGAGACACGCAGGCAUGCGACGUCAGGGAGACGCCCAGCUGAAAGAACAGGCUGACAUAACAGCCGAACAAACGGGAACAUACCGUUCUGCUCCUGCUACUUCGGCCGACACAGUGAGUCCGCCGUCAGCAGCGCCCGUUACUCUUGGAGUUGGUCUACUCUCGGGGGCGUUGACUACUUUCGCAACUUCCCCCCUCGAGGCAGCCAGGCGGUAUAUCGUGGAGAAAAGCCAAGUGGACUCAGAACCGGGAUCCGCUACCAGACUUCAAGGCCUUCUUGGUGUCUGCCGGGCUCUUUAUGAAAUAGCGGAACAGCGAGGAGUUCUGUCUGGGUGGUUCAGGAACGCACCAACACGAAUGCUCGUUGCAGGCCCUUGUAACGCUCUCAGUGCGCUCCUGUUUGAGAGAACAUCUCGUUCUCUAACUCGCUUAUUUCCAGAGACAGAUAAUUAGAAACGGUCGACAUGUUGGCCCCAGCAUGAGCGCAUAAAUGGGUGAGGAUGAUUUUCCCAGAAUGUUUCCUCAGAAUGUGUGACAUGGUGCGGCAAGCCGAGAAGAGGAACGUCCGGAAUCGUGUUUGGAGGUUCCUCGCUCAGCUGUAGGAAGUCUCAUUUUUGCGCGAAGACACCAAAUAGCGGUAUACGAGUCAGUUGUGAGCUGCUAAAUGCCGUGACGAGUGCGGCAUGCGCGUGACUACAGCCAGUAUAGCCAGCGUAGCGUGACUUGCAAUGCGAGUAUAUGGGCCGGAAAGAACCGACGGUGUGUGCAGGACGACGGCGGAACGAGAAGGAACACACGCAGCAAUGGCAGAUCUGGGAACGGGCGUCCCGAAUUCUUGCUGCAUUUUUGUUGUAUACGAACAAGGCUUGCCUUUCGACAUCUUGCAAUCUUGUCGCCGAAUCAUGUUGUGGAUGCCGGCGUAACAGUGUUGAAGAUACCAGACGAUGCGGGCACUGUGCCCAAACCAUUUCCAGAGAGUCGACCCCAAAACGAUCUCUCUGUAAAUGGUGACGCCCUGGUUCAUGCGACUGACUGUCAUUUCAGCUGACUGCGCUCGUCCAGUUGGUCGUGUUGUCAGGGGGGGGGAAACUGACCAGUACGUUGGGUGAGCAGAGGCCGGCUUUAAGUUGGCAGGUGAUUUCUGCUGAAAGGCACCUAUUUCUGUGUAACGGUUGUCUCUUUUGCUGCCAGGGGUACCCCUAUACUUAAGAUCGGCGUCUUUGCCUCGAGUCAACUACGAAACGCUCUCCUGUUGUGAGCGCAGUGUAGGCGGAACACCCCAGAGGUGGCCCUGCUGCACAGUCUAUCGUAGCACAGUCAUGCGCUAAUUGGAACUGUCGGAU